GAAGAGGUUUAUUAUGAUGAGGAAGAGGUUUAUGAUAACGAAAGGUAUGAUGAUAAGGAGGAGGAAGAGGAAGAAGUUUAUUAUAAUGAGGAAGAGGAGAAGGAGAAGGUUUAUAAUGAUGAGGAAGAGGAGGAGGUUUAUGAUAAUGAGAAGGAGGGGGAGGAGGUUUAUGAUGAUGAGGAGAAAGAUGAAUAUAAGGAAUAUGAAAAUUAA